AUGCUAAAGGAACGGGAGAGCUCGGAAGGGUCGCCCGCAACCCCAGAUGAAUGUGCUGGUUGUGGGGGUAGAAUACAAGACAGAUAUUAUCUACUCGCUGUGGACCGUCAGUGGCAUGGUGCUUGUCUUCGUUGCUGCGAAUGUCGUUUGCCUUUGGACACAGAAUUAACGUGCUUCUCCAGGGAUGGGAAUAUUUAUUGCAAAGAGGAUUAUUACAGAUUGUUUUGUGUCAAACGUUGCGCCCGAUGCGGCAACGGGAUCACCGCCAACGAGCUGGUGAUGAGAGCCAGGGACAUGGUUUAUCAUUUGACCUGCUUUACGUGCGUCGCGUGUGGCACUCUACUGUCUAAGGGCGAUGUCUUCGGAAUGAGAGACGGUUUGGUAUACUGCCGACCGCACUAUGAUGCAGCGUGCUUAGAUGACUAUUGUGAUGAUGAUAUGAAUAUGUAUAGGUGUCAAGAACUACAUAGUGAAAGCGAUUCUCCCUCGCAGUUCUACUCAGGAGGACCCAGCACCAAAGGUCGACCGAGAAAAAGGAAACUCGCCCAAGGAUCAAUAGAAGAUAUGCAAGUUCAAACUAUGCGGAUGGCUAGUACUGCAUUAGUAGAAGCAUCUCAGGGAGCGUUUCCUCCGAUUAACGAAGCUGUGACCGCGCCAACCGCAAGCUUGCAGUCCAGUACAACCGAAAUCCUCCAUAGAGGCGACCUGUCAUCUUCAAUGGAAUCAUUAGCGUACGAGUCAUCGGUUGCGUCACCGGGCAGUGUAUCCAGUCACACGCAACGCACAAAGCGCAUGCGCACCAGUUUCAAGCAUCACCAGUUGCGCACAAUGAAGUCUUACUUUGCCAUCAACCAGAAUCCCGAUGCAAAAGAUUUGAAGCAGCUCGCACAGAAGACUGGCCUGUCCAAAAGAGUUUUGCAGGUUUGGUUCCAGAAUGCGCGAGCAAAAUGGCGGCGCAAUAUAAUGAGACAGGAGUCAAAUGGGAAUCCGAGCCAUUCUAGUAACGGAACGAUUGUCCCGAAUCCGGCGUCAAGCGUGGGUACAGGCGCAAUGCUGCUAUCGGAACCUCUACAGAUGGACGAUAUUAGAGUGACCACACCACAUCCUCACCCUAUGACUUUCAACGAACUGUACUGA